AGGCGAAGUAGUAUAAAGUCAUGGAAGGAGAUAGUUUUUUUACAGUUUUUUUUUUAGAUAGCAGCGAACUUCUCGGCGAAAGCGCUUUCAUCAAUGGAUGUUCCUGCAAGCGGCUUCCUUGGUAUACUAAAGGACUGCAAAAAUACAAAAACCUUACGAACAACUACUACAAAAAAUAUUCCAAGACACAUAACCCAGCAGAUGGUGAAAUAUAUUGGCAGCACAAACGCUUCCUUGGUAUACUAAAGGACUGCAAAAAUACAAAAACCUUACGAACAACUACUACAAAAAAUAUUCCAAGACACAUAACCCAGCAGAUGGUGAAAUAUAUUGGCAGCACAAACGCUUCCUUGGUAUACUAAAGGACUGCAAAAAUACAAAAACCUUACGAACAACUACUACAAAAAAUAUUCCAAGACACAUAACCCAGCAGAUGGUGAAAUAUAUUGGCAGCACAAACGAUGAAAUUAAGUACGAAAUAAAUGGAUGAGAGAUUAAUAGAACACGAUUUGUCGGUAGGAAUACCACCCUAAAAAAAAUGUUAUAUCUCUGCAUAAUCGUAUUCCGGAGUUGGUAUUCAUGUUUACCACAAAUUGGGGCAUGGCAGCCAAAACAGCUGGAAAGUGAAAUUAUCGGCUAACCGCAGAAACCACGAUUUGCCUCAAUUUGAUUUUCACUGAAUGGAGAACUUAUCACAAAUAAUUUAACAAACUUAAAAGUUUACUUGAAUUCUGACUCAUAUCCGUAUAAUAAUCUGAAGGUCGAUUUUA